GUUCUUAGUCUCUGAGGCAUCCUUCGACCCUACUUAAAUGGCUCUUCUCUCUGUGUCUCUCGUAAAUCACAGUUGUCUUGAUCUUGUUUUCUCUCUGUCGAAGGUGCCUUGAACCAUGGUUGAUGUCAUGGAGGAAGGCUGCAUGCAGUUACCUCCUGGCUUCAGAUUCCACCCCACAGAUGAAGAGGUCAUCACCCACUACCUCGCACCGAAGGCAACCAACAACAGCUUCAGUGCAAGAGCUAUUGGAGAUGUGGACUUGAACAAGUGCGAGCCGUGGGAUCUCCCAAGCAAAGCGAGGAUGGGAGAAAGGGAAUGGUUCUUCUUCUGCCAGAAGGACAGGAAGUACCAAACUGGGACGAGGACCAACAGGGCCACAGAAGCUGGGUAUUGGAAGGCCACGGGAAAGGACAAGGAGAUCUAUCGAGGGAUAGGUGUUCUUGUGGGCAUGAAGAAGACGCUCGUGUUCUAUAGAGGAAGAGCUCCCAAAGGGCAGAAGACCAGUUGGGUGAUGCAUGAAUACAGGCUUCAAGGCUCCGAUGCCCCAAAGUCUGUCGAGGAUGAAUGGGUUGUGUGUAGGGUCUUUCACAAGAACAUGGGGAGGAGAAGCCCAACACCACCACCACCACCACCACCUGGAAUACAAAGUGUUAAAACCCUCGACCCUCCUCGCAUGAACUUCCAAGAGCAUCCUCCCAUCAUCUCCGCCAUGAUGGGAACGGAGAACCAGCAGGCCGUGGACCAUCGAACGAGCUCAAACCCACCUCACAACUCUUACUGCUUGCUCCCGGAGUCCGCGAACUCCGGCUACUUGCACCACCAGGACGCGGCGCAGAGAGCUUCGGCAUCAUCUGCCAUCAUGAGGCAUUGCAAGAUGGACGGGUGCUGGGACACAGACCUCCACGUCUCCUGGGCGAUGUCGAAGCACUACGGUGACCUCCACGACCCUUCCUCGUCUGCAGCGGUCACAGAUUUGGAUAGCAUUCGGUGGUUCUGAAGGGCAACAGAUUUCAUGUCGAUUUGGUGUGGUGUAGUUCCAAGGCCACUCAUAUUCUACUGAUCGUAGAGAAAGCCUUGGUGAUUUAGGUAAUGUUCUUGCUGCAUGCAAGUCGCUGAUGGCGUAGCAUAUGUCAUCGUACACAGAUGACACAGAAAUGGAAGAAGCUGUGUGAAGCUCUGUUGUUGUUCGAUCGUCAGUUUGACACGCCAAAGUUGAUUCGGCCUUAAUCUUGUCA